GCCGCUUCUCACAUGCCUACUUACCUCGCUUCACCUUUUCACUCUCCUUUGCAGAAAGCCCUACUCCUGGUAUUCUCUUCAACAAAAGAAAGGCCUCGGCAGUGCUGCGUCUGUACGAGAGACAAAUCUAACCUUUGUAUUCGUCGACGACAACAAUGGAUAUGCAGAACGACAUGGAUCGCAUCCUCUUCUUCGAACACGCUCGCAAGGCCGCCGAAGCCUCCUACACCAAAAACCCCCUAGAUGCCGAGAAUCUGACGAGGUGGGGAGGUGCGUUGCUCGAGUUAUCGCAGUUCCAGAAUAAUAUUAACGAAUCAAAGGAUAUGAUUCAAGAUGCUAUGUCAAAGCUGGAGGAGGCCUUGAUGAUUAAUCCCAAAAAACAUGAUGCUUUAUGGUGCUUGGGGAAUGCAAAUACUUCCAUUGCAUUUCUGACCCCUGAUCACGACGAGGCUACGAGUUAUUUUGAUAAGGCAUCCAAGUACUUGCAGCAAGCUGUUGAUGAGGAUCCAGAGAAUGAGCUAUACUGCAAUUCUUUAAAAGUGUCUUCUAAGGCACCUGAUUUGCACGUGGAGAUUCAUAAGCAGGGAUUUGCACAGCAAGCUAUGGGUGGUGCAAAGCCUGCAAAUAAAAAGAAUAAUGAUCUCAAGUAUGACAUCUUUGGAUGGAUAAUCCUUGCUGUUGGCAUUGUUGCAUGGGUAGGGUUCGCAAAAUCUCAAGUUCCACCCCCAACUCCUAGAUAAGUCAAGCUUUUAGGUAUUUGUGGGAAUACAUCAGAGUUGAAAAUGUUAUUUAUUUUUCUUUACCAGGAUGUGAAUUUAUUGCAGAUCAGCCUCUAGUAGAUUCAAUUCCUUUUAUUUUUUGUUUAUUUCCCCCAUAGUAUUGAGUACUUGUAUUUGAGGCCCCUAAUCUAGUGAAGGGGCCUGGCUGGCAAACUACGAAACUGUAGCUGGUGUUCCUGUGGUGCAUUGUUUAUUUUUUUUGAGAACAGUGGUGCAUUAUUUAUGGUGCACAGCUUUAGAUAUUAAUAUUCACUUUAAAGGGUGAUAUAGUUUGUAGAAACGUACAAUAAAUUCACAAAUGUGUGACUGCCACAUUUGGCUG